UGGCGUUUCUAUGAGUAGUUGUGUACUUGUCCUGUCGCCGUGAGAAAUCUGCCUCCUGGUAGUUACAAUUUGUUCACCUGUCACCCCUAAAUACUAGCUAUGACGAUGGUUCAGCCCUCACCAGGGAAUUGAAGCCCUGCAAAGGAAAGGUUCAAGAACUAUCUUACAAAAGGGAACAUGUUUUGUAUUCUGUGUCGCCAGGGGUAUUUAAGAUAUGAAUCCCAGGAGCAUAUGCACAGUCUGCAACAUCACCAAGAGCUGGAGACGGUGCUGGGCAUGAACCAGCUCCAUGAAUGCUUUGCGUGUAAGGUUUCUACCUUGAGUAUAUGUGAAUACGGCCAGCACAUCUCCACCGCUGAACACAUAGCCAACUUAAGGAAAGUGAAGUCGAAGCCUAUUUCUCUGUGUGAUACUUUGACCUACAGCACCAUCGGCUACCUCCGGGCGAGAAACAAAGCUUUGGCACGCAAGAAUGCAAAUUUGAGUUGUCUGAAGCGGAGGCUGGCAGAAACGCAAAAACGACAAAGAAAAUCUGCACAAGUGAACGCAUGGACUCAUGGACAGAUUCAGGAAACUCACCAGACAGGAGGAAACUAUGCUGUUGUCCAAAACAAAGAGAAUAAAGUGGCCACUCAGCAAAGACCCCUUUACCAAACAGAAACACCUCGGCACAAUCAAAGUGGAAGAUUGGCUGGUUCUUCAGGAGAACAUGCUGGUAAAGCUUGGCAUCAGGGUUUUGUGGGAGAGCACGCCCCUCAGCCUCCUCACCAGAUGAGACAUGAUGGCAACUUUUCUGUCUGCAACCAGUUUUCAGGCAGUGGGCAGCACUCACAAACGGAGAGACAGUGCAACACACAAGGAAGUACCCUGGCUGACGCGCCAGAACAAAUGACAUGGUGUAGCUUCAGCCAAUAUGACCGUGAUUACAGACAGCAUAAUGGAGUCUUUGAUAAAGGCCAGAAUGAGUGUGCUACAUCUUCUCAGCCAGAACUCGUGGCUUCACAUUGUUCUUCUAAUCCUGCUCUAGAGGACACAUCCACCAGUGCAGCUCCCGUAAAGCAUGUCAAUGUCCCCUCGAUGCUGAAGCAAAUCAGAAGAGCGCUGGGAGUGAGGGAGCCGUGCAGAGCAGAACGUGAAGCACGAAAGCAGAACAGUGAAGCGGCUGUUCGAGUGGCUAGUCAUAACACCGCACAACAGACUGCAACACAGAAAGUGCAACAUUCAGGUGCUGGGGCUACAUCCGUGCAGUCUCCACAGGUCGACACACCUGCGCCUGCUGCCCAUGCUGGCGUCUCUGCUUCCAACAUUGCUUCUGCUAAUCCACAGCAGACAGCUUUCAAUGUGGGACAAGAAACAACUCUGCAUAGUGAGACGACAUCAGUAGUUGCUGAUGGACUGUCAAACAACGGGGAGAGAGAAUCCCAGCGGGUUCUCGCCAGCUCCGUUUCUCGCAAGGUUCGAAUUGCCCACAAAUCAGGAAAAAGUCAGGAAGUGAAAAAGGCUGGACUUAAACCUACGCCGAACAAGUUGCUCACUUCGUCAGGUGCCAAGAAUAGACAGAGCCGGACGGGGGUUUUCAGUGAUGUAAAAAGAAAGAAGCAGGACAGAUUUAUUGGAAGGCCCAGGUUUGGAAUCAAGUUGGCCAAACCUUCAAGUGACCAAGCAGGCACAUCACAGCCACAGGACACUGACUUGCCUCUGUCUGAAGGUUUCCACUGGGACUCAAUCCCAUACACUCCUUCAGACAUACACUUGAAUUUAGCUCCUCCAGCCCAGGACACGACCGGUACCAGCUCCCGCAGGGAGACACAGUCUGAACCUCAGAUGCAGGAAACUUGCACAGCGCAGCAGGGUGGCGGGAGCAGUCCCACAGUCACAGCAGUCUCUAUCAAAGUUGAACCACAGUGGGAACAUGAAUCGAAUCAAGUUUUGGGAGACAAUGGCGGUGCCAAAAAGCGGCAACACAACAGCAAUAAUGACUCUUUUGACAAAGAGCCAAGUGUAAAAAUGAAAAGAGCAAAGAAAGGCCAGGAUCAGAUGGACCAGCUGCUCGCUGUGUCUCUGCGAGAGGACGAGCUGAGCCACUCCCUGCAGGAUUUGGACAAAAGUCUUGUCCAGGCUCGCAGCGCCCUGCAAGCUGCUUACACGGAAGUCCAACAACUGCUGCUGUUGAGACAGCAGUUUACUGCUGAGGUCGACUGCCUGAGAACCAAGCGCAUUGAGAUCCUGCAGGGGAUGCAAGAAGGUUACUCCAGAGCAUCCCAUGUAGCGGAGAAAGCCAGCACCUCAUUACCAGGUGCUGCUGCUGCUGCUGCUACUCCUUUACAACCAAGACUCUCUCCUCGUCCUACCUCUAGUGCCUUCCUUAUGUCUUCUGGACAGAAAUCACCUGCCACAACGACUUUGUCUACUAUAGCUGGACAGGCCAAUCACUUUGACUCCUCAAGAACUGCUGCUGCUGCUGCUGCACCUCAAGUGCCUUUAAAACGACCCGUGCCCUUAUUUCCUUCUGACCCACCGCCGCAUGUUGCUGCUCCCACGCUUCCCGCUGCUGCCUUGACAUCGGUGAAUACUGAAUCUGCCGGGCAGCAGGAGCAAGAGUCAAGGCAGGGGUUAAAGGACUGUGUAAAGACGGCAAGGGAUGUACAGGAAGCAGAGUGGACAGUUGAAAGUGAUUCCCAGGAAGAGGCGGAACAAAAUCAAACUAAAGGAAGACGGUCAGCGUCAGGGAAGACUAUUCCUGUAGGAGACCGAAACGCGUCUGCUGCAGUGCCAGUGGACGGUGACGGUAAUGAGAGUGAUGACUCUGUCAAAAUGAUGGAGUUGGAUAAAGUGUUCAUAAACCUUGAUGAAUCAGAAGAUGAGGACUUGCCCGACAUUGUCUCAGAUGUUCCUCUUCACAAAGAGUCUCGGCAGAGUCCAGCAAGUGUGACAUUGAGUUCUGCGAGCACACAGACUUCUCAGCAACUCGUCGUUGACAGUAAAAAUCAGUUUAAUUUGCUGGUCAAAGAUGAAAAAGCUCCCGUGGAGUCCGUCAAAGAUGAGGAGCCGUCGUUGGGAGUGUUCCAGAAUCACACGGGGCCUGUCCACGCCCUGCAAAUCCACGGUGGCAUGUUGUACACGUGUUCAGGAGACAACACGGCACGGGCCUACAGUCUGGCGACCAGGGAGUGUAAGGCGGUGUUUGACGGUCACACACACAAAGUCAACUGCCUGCUGGUGUCAUCGCUCCCGAACAUGUCUGCCCGCCUCUACACUGGGUCCAGUGACGAGACCGUGCGCUGUUACAGCAUAAAGUCAAAUAAGUGCCUGGAGAAGAUCUCCUUACAAGACCGAGUGUUGUGUCUGCACAUAGCCUGGAAUACUUUGUACGUCGGACUCGCCAACGGAUCGGUCGCCACCUAUGAUUCAAAGACUCUGAAACAGCUGGACGUGUUUGAAUGCCACGGCCCUCGGGGCGUGAGCUGCCUGGCCAGCGCGCAGGAGGGAGCCCGCCGCGUGCUGCUGGUCGGCUCCUACGACAGCACCAUCAGCGUGCGCGACGCCAAGAACGGCCUGCUGCUGCGCUCGCUGGAGGGUCACACCAAAACUGUCCUGUGUAUGAAGGUGGUGAAUGACCUGGUCUUCAGCGGCUCCAGUGACACAUCGGUUCAUGCUCACAAUAUCCAUACGGGCGAGUUGAUUCGGAUCUACAAGGGUCACAAUCAUGCCGUCACAGCGAUCUCCAUCUUGGGGAAAGUGAUGGUCACAGCUUGUCUGGAUAAGCUGGUGCGAGUGUAUGAGCUACAGUCACACGACCGCCUGCAGGUGUACGGCGGUCACAGUGACAUGGUGAUGUGCAUGUCCAUCCAUAAGAGUGUGAUCUACACCGGCUGUUAUGAUGGCAGCAUUCAAGCAGUCAAGCUAAACUUGAUGAAAAACCACCGCUGCUGGUGGCAUAACUGCUCUCUAAUAUUCGGCAUGGCGGAGCAUCUAGUGCAGCAUCUUGUAGGAGAUCACACCAACCAGAAGCUGCAGACGGUCAAGUGUCGCUGGAGAAACUGCAACUCCUUCUUCUGCACUCAGCAGUCAGUUCAGCAGGAGCUGCCUGUCCACAUGCAGUGCCACGUGCAGAAAGACAGUGAAUUCAGUCAUGACUGAGGGGACGCAGAGGACGCCGGGACUGUCAUCCGUUACAGUAUUUGAGCCUCUUUUUUGUCUUUCACGUUGUUUAAAAAAAAAAAAGGAUUUCCACUUGAAUGGACACGUGGAUCUCUUUGACCUUGUGAACACUGACUGUUAAGUCAAUGGAGGACACACACAAAAGAAACGACUGCGCGCUCAAGCAUUUCAUUUGACGCCUUACUGUGCAUGAUUGAAUCUCUUUUUGUGAAACGGCUUUUGCAAUAAUUUGCCUUUUAAAAUGAAUCUUGUUUACAUGUAUAUCAAUGAAGGUUGCGAUCUCAGCUUUAUGGGUGUGUUUCAACUUCCAUCGUCACGCUUUGUGCGUGAGCUAAACUAUCACAGGUCAUUGAUGCUGGUGGAGUUGGUGCUUUGUCUUUACAAAAACAUUCAGGAAUUUCAAGUCCCUUGCGGUCGAGUAUUUCAUUCUGACGUCUUCCACAGUGUCGGAAGGGAUCAUUUAGUCAGAAGUAGAACAGAGAAAUGGCGGCUUUACUGUUAAAAAUGUAUAAACGUGUCGUUUGUGUGUGUAAAUAUCACAAAAUCAUCAUUUUUUUUAUCAGUUCAUUAUUACAGAUUUGAUUUUUGAUUUGUUUUUGUCCUACACCAACAAUAUUUUGUUAGGUUUCCUGACUCCACAGCUGACACACAUUUACUCUUGUCUAUCGUCACUCCUACACGUGAGAGAACUUUGAUCAUGAGAGGAUUAUUUACAAAACUGCUGCUAAACAUGCUCAAAAACUCAUUUCUUUCCAGGCAACAAUAGAAAGGAGUGAACACUGUCAACUUGUAUGAUGUAAUACUUUGUGGUUUCAUUUGUUAUUAAUACAUACUGUGUGUGUACGGCAAUAAACGGACAAAAAUA